AUGGGACAAAGAGAUUUAACAUAUAAUGUGCCAAAUACAGGGUACAAUACGGAGCCCGAAGUUGAGAAUCCAUUUGUUUCACCAAUAGAUGAAGAGAGCUCAUAUGAGCUGAAUCAGGACUUAUCCCCCAGCCAACUGGAGGAUUAUAGUCAAAUAAAUAUGAACGACCCUAAUUAUGGAGGAACAUUUGACAAUUAUAAUGGAUAUUACUCGAAGAACGGGACGACAUCGAACUUGUUACCGAAUGAUGGGACGUCUGAAGAUACGUUGGGCAUACGUAACUCGAUGGGAAUAGGUAGGGUAAGUUCAUCGAAAAAUUUAUAUAUACCACCAGAGUACGAUAGAUAUCCGUCAAUGGCAGGUUCAAGGGUAGUAUCAUCGACAUCUCUCUCGUCAGAUAUGUAUAACAGUACCCAUAACCUUCGCAAUGCGCAAAAUGUGCCUGGAUCAGAAGGAGACGGUUCCUCCAUAUCGAAUAAAUCGACAAAUCCGCUUGUUGAGAACGACUUUAGUCCAUUUGGAGGAUACCCUGCUACAUCAUUUCCUUUGCAUAUAGACGAAAAGGAACCAGAUGACUAUUUGCACAAUCCUGAUCCUAUCAAAGAUGCGAAAUAUGACAAGAACAGAUUCAUUUAUGAUUUGAAGAACAUGGACAGGAGAUCUUUGGGUGGAUUGCUAGGAAUUGUUUUCAUGUUGUUAGCAGCUAUUGUGGUGUUUAUCUUGUUACCUGUGUUGACAUAUUCUGGUGUUACCGAGCCUUAUACUCCUGAGAGCUACGAGAUUUUGACAUCGUACCAUUAUCCUCUUUUGAGUGCUAUCAGAACCGAUUUGGUUGAUCCAGACACCCCUGCAACUGCCUUGACUAGAAAGGCUAACAAUGGUGAUGAAUGGAAGUUGGUGUUCUCUGACGAGUUUAAUGCGGAAGGCAGAACUUUCUAUGAAGAUGAUGACCAAUUUUUCCAGGCUGCAGAUAUCUGGUAUGGUGGUACUCAAGAUUUGGAGUACUAUGAUCCAGAUGCUGUGACGACUGCAAAUGGUACCUUGAACUUGAGAAUGGAUGCAUACAAGAAUCACGAUUUGUUUUACAGAUCUGGUAUGGUCCAAAGUUGGAAUAAAAUGUGCUUUACCCAAGGGUUACUCGAAAUUUCAGCCCGUUUGCCUGGUUACGGUAAUACUUCCGGUUUAUGGCCAGGUUUAUGGACCAUGGGUAAUUUAGGCCGUCCUGGAUACAUGGCCAGUACCGAAGGUGUGUGGCCAUAUACAUACAACUCGUGCGAUGCCGGUAUUACUGCAAACCAAUCAUCUCCUGAUGGUAUUUCAUAUUUGCCAGGUCAAAGAUUAAGCAAAUGUACCUGUUCUGGGGAGGAUCAUCCUAGUCCAGGUAAAGGAAGAGGUGCUCCAGAAUAUGAUGUUCUCGAAGGUGAAGUUAGUACUGAUGUAGGUGUUGGUGUGGCGUCGCAAUCGAUGCAGAUUGCUCCAUUUGAUAUCUGGUAUUAUCCUGAUUAUAAUUUCAUAUCAAUUCAUAAUGACUCAGUUACCACUAUGAACACUUAUACGGGUGGUCCAUUACAACAAGCAGUUUCUGGUACGACGACCUUGAACGUGUCGUGGUAUUCUGAAGGUGACAAUGAACAUAAUUUCCAGACCUAUGGGUACGAAUAUUUGAAUGAUGAUGACGACGGAUAUUUGACAUGGUACGUUGGUACUGAUCCAACCGUCACUGUACAAGCAGCAGCGUUAGGUCCUAAUGGAAAUAUUGGUCGCAGAUUGAUGUCUAAGGAACCAAUGUCUAUGGUGAUGAAUUUUGGUAUUUCAAAUAGUUGGGCUUAUAUCGACUGGAACGCUCUAUUUUUCCCACUUACUAUGCGAAUUGACCAUGUUAGGUUAUACCAACCAGAAGAUUCCAUAAAUUUGACCUGUGACCCAGAUGAUUACCCAACUUAUGAAUAUAUCGAAGCACACCCGAAGGCAUAUCAAGACAACAACCUUACAUCUUGGGAAGAAACUGGUUAUGAUUUCCCUAAAAAUUCUUUAGUCCAUAAGUGUUAG